CUUCACCAAACAACCGUGUCAUCGGAAUCGAGCAAAAAUCGAAAGCCCAAAGUGAUCCGAAGUGAUGGAGCUCCAGCUGAAGGGAAGCAUAAUCGUUCUGACACUGAACAGAAAGGUAAAUACUACAGCGAGGAGGCUGAGGUGGACCUGUGGGACCGCAGAGACUAUGAGCUGUACAAGUACACGUGCCAGGAGUUGCAGAGACUCAUGGCCGAGAUCCAGGACCUGAGGAGCAGGGGAGACAAGGACGCGGCAGUUGAGAUCGAAGAUCGGAGGAUCCAGAGCUGUGUGCAUUUCGACUCUAAAAAACUUAACCGAUUAGCCCACAUCAGGUUGAAGAAAGGAAGAGAUCAGACUCAUGAGGCCGAGCAGAAAGUGGACGCCUAUCACCUGCAGCUCCAGAACCUGUUGUAUGAGGUGAUGCACCUGCAGAAGGAGAUCACCAAAUGUCUGGAGUUUAAGUCAAAUCACGAAGAAAUCGAUGGGGUCAGCUUAGAGGAGGCUCCUCCAGACGUCAGCAAGGCGGAAGUCACCAUGGGAGACCCUCACCAGCAGACCCUUGCACGUCUGGACUGGGAGCUGGAGCAGCGGAAAAGCCUGGUGGAGAAGUACCGAGAGUGCCUGUCCAACAAGGAGAAGAUCCUUAAGGAGACUGAAGUAAAGAAGGAGUACCUGAGUAGCCUCCAGCCUCGUCUCAACAGCAUCAUGCAGGCUUCCCUACCGGUGCAGGAUAACUUUAUGCCCUUCGACCAAGCUCACAAGCAGUAUGAGACAGCCCGACACCUACCUCCUCCCCUCUAUGUCCAGGCCACUGUGUAUGGGCAAGACAAGCGCAAGGAGAUGCUGAAGAGGCACCCGCUGUCCGUCAUGCUGGACCUGAGGUGCAAAGAUGACAGUGAACUGCACCUGACUUUCUACUACCUCAUGAACCUCAACAUCAUGACGGUAAAAGCCAAAGUGACAACCGCCACAGAACUGAUCACGCCCAUCAGUGCAGGUGACUUGCUGUCUCCUGACUCAGUCCUGAGCUGUUUGUAUCCUGGGGAUCAUGGAAAGAAAACUCCAAAUCCAGCCAAUCAGUAUCAGUUUGAUAAAGUUGGCAUCCUGACUUUGAGGGACUACAUACUUGACUUAGGGCAUCCCUAUUUGUGGGUGCAGAAGCCGGGUGGCCUCCACUUCCCCAAAGAGCAGCCCCAGCACACUGUGAUCGCUGACCACUCUCUGAGCGCCAGACACAUGGAGACCACCAUGAAACCGCUGAAGACCAGGGCGCAGUCCCGCCUGGCCCGCCACAAGUGGUUUGCCUCCCUGGAACACGGCAUUGUGCCAGUUACCAGUGACUGCCAGUACCUCUUCCCUGCAAAGGUUGUCUCUCGCCUGGUGAAGUGGGUGACGAUUGCCCAUGAGGAUUAUACGGAGCUGCAUUUUACCAAAGACAUCGUGGAGGCGGGACUGGCUGGGGACACCAAUCUCUACUAUAUGGCACUUGUGGAAAGGGGCACGGCUAAGCUCCAGGCUGCCAUGGUGCUGAACCCCGGCUACUCCUCCAUCCCACCCAUUUUCCAGCUCUGUCUGAACUGGAAAGGGGAGAAAACCAACAACAACGACGACAAUAUUCGGGCCGUGGAGAGUGAGGUCAAUGUGUGCUACAAGGAGCUGUGCGGCCCCCGGCCCGGCCACCAGCUCUUGACGAACCAGCUGCAGCGUCUGUGUGUGCUGCUGGACGUCUACCUGGAGACGGAGAGCCACGAUGACAGCGUGGAGGGGCCCAAGGAAUUUCCCCAGGAGAAAAUGUGUCUGCGGCUUUUCAGGGGCCCCAGCAGGAUGAAGCCGUUUAAAUAUAACCACCCUCAAGGAUUCUUCAGCCAUCGCUGACCUCCCACUCGGCCUGUUGUUUCCCCCCAGACCCAACUGCUGUGCCUCUGCUUUCUGCUCUGGCGCA